CGUAGCCUCAACCUGGUGCGGCCCGCCCGGGAGCCACAGCCACCUAAGCCACCCCAUUCCCCCACCCUCUGUCGUCCGUGCCCAGGCCCCGCCUCCGCAGGGUUAUAUUGGGCCCAGCGGAAGGUGGAGGCCAGACGUAGGGGCUGCGGGCCAGCGUGGAGAUGCUUCUCUGGAGGCCGAGGGCGGAAAGGCGGCUGCGGGAGCCACAGCCUCAGGGACUCGUCUCCGUGGGCGCUCAGGGCUGAAGACACCAGACCCUCCCCAAGGGUGGCACGCAUUUCCGUGCCCCGUGGACGCCUGCCUGGGACCUGCGACGUCCAGUGAAGAAACCCUCCGGGUCAGAGAGCAGAUGCCUACGCUUCUUCCCUCCAGCAGGAAAUCCCAUGGCCCUUAUGGCUGGGCAGCAGAAGUUAAAGCCGCACCCUUGCACACAUUCACCCUGAAGUCUCUUAUCCUCGAACUGAAGACAGCGCCUACCCAACUCCUCCGUCUUCGCCCCUCUUAGUUCACCCAAUAAGCACAGCCCCUCCAAGGAAACAUUCCGGUGGAACUGGACUCUUCUACGGAAAAGUGACUGUCUCUCACAAGAGGAGGGAGAGCUCUCUGGGAGAGAAAGGCGAGGACUCCUGGACUUGAGGUCGCCACCCCGCCCCCCGCACCAGCUUCCCAAGACCGCGCAAAGGAAAAGAGCACGGCGCCGAGCCAGGACAGGGUGCGUGGGCAUGGAGUCGGAGGUGUUCAGCCCCCGUGCGGCCCACGAGAUCAAGCCGGGUAGUGACCUAGAGGGCAGAGGAGGUAGCGACGCGCCCUCUCCGCUGUCCGCAGCCGGCGACGACUCCCUGGGGUCGGACGGGGACUGUGCCGCCAACAGCCCAGCAGCGGUAAGCGGCGGUAAGCGGAAUGCGAGAGGUGCGACUGCCGCCGAGGAGGAGGGCUCGGUUGCGGCGGGGGUCGCAGAGGAGGGCGCCGCAGGGCCCGGGGCCGAGAGCGCAGGGGUCGGUGAGGGCGGGCGAAGCAAGCCGUACACGCGGCGGCCCAAGCCCCCGUACUCGUAUAUCGCGCUCAUAGCCAUGGCCAUCCGCGACUCGGCGGGCGGGCGCCUGACGCUGGCUGAGAUCAACGAGUACCUCAUGGGCAAGUUCCCCUUCUUCCGCGGCAGCUACACGGGCUGGCGCAACUCGGUGCGCCACAACCUUUCGCUCAACGACUGCUUCGUCAAGGUGCUGCGCGACCCCUCGCGGCCUUGGGGCAAGGAUAACUACUGGAUGCUCAACCCCAACAGCGAGUACACCUUCGCCGACGGUGUCUUCCGUCGCCGCCGCAAGCGCCUCAGUCAUCGGGCACCGGUCCCCGCACCCGGGCUGCGGCCGGAGGAGACCACCGCCCUGCUGCCCGCUCCUGCGCCCGCGCCCGCCGCCCUGGGCUCGCCCUGCGCUCGCUCCUCCGCCCGCCAGGAGGGGCGCGCCAGCCCCACGGGCAAAUUCUCCAGCUCCUUCGCUAUAGACAGCAUCCUCAGCAAGCCCUUCCGCGGCCGGCGCGACGGGGACACGGCCCCCGGGGUGCGGCUGCAGUGGGGCGCUGCGCCCUGCCCGCCGCUCUCCGCAUAUCCCGCGCUCCUCCCCCGCGCGCCCGGCGGGGCCCUCCUGCCGCUCUGCGCGUACAGAGCGGCUGAGCCUGCGCUGCUGGGCGCGCGCGGAUCCGAGGCGCAGCCGCCCGCGCCGCACCUCCUGCUCGCGCCCUUCUCCUCGUCCGCCCCGGUCAAACCCUUCCAAGGCCCUGCGGCUGGCGGUGACGGGGGUGGCGCUCACUUGUACUGCCCCCUGCGGCUGCCCACGGCCCUGCAGGCGGCCUCCUCCCGAGGCCAGGGCGCGCACCUGCCCUACCAAGUGGAGACGCUCCUGUCCUGAGCUGCCUGGCUGAGCCCCGCGCCGGGGGUGGGCACCCUAGGAGACGCCGGUAUGGCACGUUCAGGGCUUUGCACUUUCUGUCCAGAGAAAAGGAGCUUUAAAAGAAAAUUCUCCAUCAAACGUGCCUUACCGCUAAAGGGUUUUUGACAGAACUGUUUUAACUUAGUCCAGAAUAUUUCCUUCCUCUUUUAUAACUUUACAGAGGACCAAAGCAAUAUUUCAUAGUUGUUUGAGUUUCUUUACCAAGCCUGUGUCUCUCUUCUUUCGCCGACUUCCUCUCUUCUUAUUGCCCAGGCACUCCCUCAUUCCUACCAUUUCCAUUGUACCUUCCAUUGAUUUGUUCCUAACAAAAGAAAAAGAAAAAAGCACAUCAGGGAACCAUUCCGUAAGAUAAAUGAUAUGACUACUGCUUGGGGUUUAUUGGGCCCCUGUUCCAUGUGUACGUAUGUGACUGAAUGUGAGAGAGGUGUCUGAAUCUUCAGUCAUUUCUCUGCUAUUGACCAAUGCUUCACUGUGCCAAAAAGAUUAAAAACAUGUAUAUUGUUGGGUUUUAUAAUUAAAUUAUUUAUAUAUUUUUAAAAUCUGGAUUAAGAAAGUUGCAGGCAACAAGCUACAGCUUUAUUAAUGGUUUGGUGAUCGCUCACUGUGGUCUCCCUGGGCCAAGCAAUUUCUUUAAAGCAAAAGUUGAUGUUAUGUAUGUAGAGUGCCAGGACCACUGCCACGUGAAAGCAAGUGUGAUUUUUAUUUUUAUUAUUUUAUUUGUAUCUGUGUACAUAUUCGUGUAUAAAGUUUAUGAAAACCAGGCAUAGGGCUUAUUUUUAAAUAAAACUCACAACUGACUUUAGCACUUUGUGGUGAUGGGCUGGAGGUGGAGAGUUUUUAUCCCCUCUCUUUCCAAGUGGGUUUAGGUUUGAGUCUGAAGAAACUUCCUGUGGGGGUCAAAAUAUUUUCCUGAAUGAUUCAGUAAAAGGAGAGGCAGUCUGCAGUCUUUCUUACCUGACAGAUUGCUGUACAAAUCUCCAGGAUGGGACUUCUAACAGUGAGAUUUAUUAAAACUUAAAACCAAUGAUCUCUGUAAGAAUUCUCCUAAGAAUUAUGGAACAAAUUAUAAGGUGUGGGCCCCAAAAAUCGUCUGGCAGACAUUAUCAACAAGCUUAUAGACAAGCAGACAUUUUCAGGCAAAUUGGUCCUGAUUGGGGCUCAAAAAGCUGGAAACAUUCUUGGCAUGUGAUUAUCUUAAUCACCCAAGAUUUCCUUAGGGCAGUUUUAAGAGUAAUUUGAAUGUCAAUGUUUUUUGUUUGUUUUGUUUCCAAAACAAAACCUACCUUUGUAGUAUGCAAAAAGCCCAUUUGGGUGUGAACCCAUUAGUAGUAUUUUUUUUAGUCUCCCCUUUUGUAUAAAGAGAGCAUCUGUAGAUGUGGGGCUUCCAGGCCUCUUCCCUGGUGAUCUGAAGAGAAAGUGCCACUUCAGAUGGGGUAGGGACAGUUUCCCAUAUUAAAAAUGGGAGAUUUGACCAGAGGAAGUACCAUAAAAGUGUGAACAUCCGUUUCUCAAUAAAUUCAAAGGCAGUGGGAUUCUCACAAGUUAUAGAUUGCAAUGUUCUAAAGAGUAAUACAAACACAGAAAUUCAGAGACUGGAAAUGCAGGCCCCACUUGAUGUUCUUGGGCAGAUCUCAUCUCAUCCAAGAGGAUAGUUUGUAAACAACAUAUUGUGAGGUGUGUGUGGGGGGGGAGGGGGGUAUUUGAGGAUGCUAUCUUUUGGCAGGAAUGGGAGGGGAAAGCCCAUCCCUAAGUCUAGUUAACAAGUUUGACUGAUUUUCCUUCUACCUACUUAAUAUCAUAAAGAGUGAUAAUAAUGGGGUUGAAUUAUGACAAAAGGUAGUCAUUUAAGUGGAGAUUUGCUACCACAAGGCUAAUAAUUAGACCUGAAAAUAAAACUGAAACAGACUGGGGGAAGGAGGAGAGUCAAUGAGUUAACUGGGUUGAAACGAUCAGGACUCAUGAUCAAUUCUUUGCUUUUCUCUUGAAAACACACUCUUAAGAUUAAAGGUGAGUGGGGAGUCAGCGACUUCAGCUGCUUCCCAUCUCUGAUUCCACCAACCCUUUCCCUCCCACUGCUGCCUUGUCUCCAGAGGCAGGGUGCUGCCUUUGAUACCAGUUUUGUAAAGCCAAGAUUCUCAUUUUUACAGUGUACACGAUAGCUCUGAAAAUGGAGACUUUAAAUCACCACUAAUUUGUGUUGUAAAGCAAUGCAAAAAAAAAAAAAAAAA